CCUGGGCAUCCUGCAGUCAUUCACCAUGGCACCCGUCUUCGUGCUGACUGUUUUCAUCGCUGUUCUCUGCUCAGUUCAGGGCCGAUCUACAUGGGUAAGGGUCUAUCUGAGACUAUUGGGAAAAAGCUUUGCAUGAUGCUGAAUUAUGUGACUUUUAAACAAAUUUGAACAUAUUUCCUUCUGCUAUUGCCAUACAGAAAGCUUCAUUUGAAAGGAGUGAAGAUGACAUGGAAAUUGGUAUGCUCAUCCUGUCUUUAUAAGCAUUGUAUCAUGUCAUCUAAACCUGGUUUUAUUAAUCAUUCAUUGUUAUAAUGUAAAUUACAUAUAUUAUCUUAUUAUUAUAUUAGUUAUUAAGGACACAGUUGCAUUUAAGAUCAUUUUUAUCCCAUUCUACAGACAGCACCAGAACCAACAGCAUUGAGGAGGAUGAAUUUUCUGCUUCAACCCUCAUUGAGAAGGCCAACAAAAAUCUUGGUAAGGCAGUCUGUAUGUUCCUACUCUAUAUUUAAUGACAUCAAGAAUGAAAAACAGAUAAUAACCUUCACUUGGUGUUGUUUUCUAGGACAAAGACUUGAUGAGCCACUAGUCAUGUUUGGGGACAUCGCAGUAGAUACUGGGUUCAUGAACGCUGACCCCUGCACAGCUCGUGGCUGCAAGUGGCAGAAGUCCUCUGAUGGGAACGUUUAUGUGCCCUUUGUGAUCUCUAAUCAAUACUGUAAGUAUUUUGUUCUCUGAAAUGAGUUUAUGCUGAGCCUAAUGGUUUGGUUUUACUAUAUUAUAUGAGUCUGUGUGCACGUGUGUGUAUUGAGUUUCGGACUUUCUUAUCGCUCCAUUGAGCAGCGGCCCGGGAGAGGUCCGUAAUUGAAGGUAGCCUGCAAACCUUUGCUGCAUCAACCUGCAUCCGAUUCUUUCCCCGAACCAAUCAGAGGGACUUUGUGGACAUCCAGUCUCAAUCAGGGUAUGACCACUGCACAUUACAUUGCUAGGCCUGUUAUACUUGUCUUCUGCCACUCUUAUUUACUUAGUAUUUACUUGACUAUAUACUUUACUGUUAUUGCUACAUACAAAUAAUACUCUAUCGCUUUUAGAAAUGACCUUGUCUUCCGUAUACACCCUUGUUUGCAGCUGUUUCUCGUUUAUUGGACGCCGGGGCAAUGGCCAGGUGGUGUCUCUUAGUAGGAACGGAUGUGUCUUUCUGUCUGUGGUGCAGCAUGAACUGCUGCACGCCUUGGGCUUCAACCACGAGCAAACACGCAGUGACCGUGAUAGCAAUGUUCAGAUCCUGACUCAGAACAUUAUUCCUGGUUAGUGCUUUCUACGUCCAUGGAUGCUGGCUUUAAAAUAUAUAUAUUUGAAACAAUUUCAUAGGGAAAUAAUAAAUACUAUUGUGUACAACAUAUGUAAAUAUUAUUCCUGCCCAUUUUGAGUAAGAAAUCUUAGAAACACUUUAAUAAUAUUAAUGGAAAAGCUUGAUUAAACUAUUUAUAGUGUACUACUAUUUGAUUAUAAUAAUAAUACAUUAGUAUUUAAUUAUUUGUAAACAUGUAGAAACAUUGACAAGGAUUUGUAAGCAUUAUAAGCUUUACAAUUAAUAAGCAUUUAUAACAUUCAUAAUCUGUAAAGCAUUUCUUUAUAAGCUUACUCAUGAAAGUUAUUAUAAUGUGUAAGAAAAUUAUUUAUCAUACAUUUUCCAUCCUAGGAAUGGAAUUCAAUUUCAGAAAGAUCGACACGAUUAACUUGGGUACUCCAUAUGACUAUAAUUCUGUCAUGCACUACUCAAGGUAAGUUGAGGGAAUUAAUAUAAAGGUUUUCUUUACUACAAUAACAGCUGUAAUGUUACAUAAAAUAAGAUAAAUCAUUUUCCCUUUCAUAGUCUACUCAUGUCAUCCUCUAAUUUCAAUUGAUGGCGUGAGAGCUUUCUGCCCUAUGUUGUCUGGUUCCAGGUUUGCCUUCUCCAGGAACACACAGCCCACCAUUCUUCCAAUCCCUGACAAUAAUGCAGUUAUUGGCAGAGCAACUCAGAUGAGCCCGAUUGAUAUUCUGCGGAUCAACCGUCUCUACAACUGCAGUAAGUGCUAUUUUAAGAAGACCUGUUUAUCAUAACUGUGAAGAAUAAAAGUUGUGAUUAUUGUACCUGCCUGUAAGCUUCACCCCAUCGUCGCUCAAUCAAUUAGAAAUAUUUGGGAAUAUAGUAUUUGAAUUGAACGUAGUAAUAUUCAGUUUUUAUACUGUUAUAAAUGGGUGUACACCUUAUUUUUUAAAGCCUUGAGCACCAUCAACGCAAAAGGCAGUAAUACAGUAUGUUAAUUCUAAUUAUAUUUUCUCUUUCCCUUCUCUUUUAUUAGCGGGACAGCCGUUGGAGUGAUUUGAUAAGUGCGAUGGUAGAGCGUCUGCUGAGGAUUGUAACUGCAGUUAUAGCUUGCUUUUCGACUUUUGAACAUGAACUCAACAAAUGAUAUGUAAUGCUGAAAGAAUGAAUUGAGAUGCAGAUAACCAUUUUUUUGUGCAAGUAUAUCUUUACGUCUGUAUAUCAGAUCGGACAUAGCUUAUCAUAGAUAUAACAUUGGUAUGGCAAAGCAAAGUACUGUAGACUACUGAAGCAUUAUCACAAUAAACAUGUGUAAUAAGGUGUAUUUGAUAGAACGCUCUAUGUUUGUUUUGGUUUAUGUUGAUUUUUCUGAUUGCAAAUGGUACAUUGAUGGUGAUUAUCAUAUAACGUGCACAGGUGUCCAAUUGGUAUAGUGAGUAAAACUAAAACCUUUUGUAUUUUAACAAGUCUAUCUCACCAAAGCCUACAGUAAUAACACACGUCCCAACUCCCACACGCACAGAAAAUCCUUUAUUAUACAGGAUAAAGGAAAUUUAACUUUUGCAUUUUGGAAGUCUGAAACAACGACAUGAGGGAGCACAUUCAAUGAUAGUAGCCUAUUUAUUUUUUCGGUAACACUUUACGACAAGGUUCCAUUUCUAAAGGGUUUAUAAUGACGUUAUUAAGGAUUGUUUAAUCAUUUGUAAAGGCAUUAUAGACCAUUAAUAAACGGUUAUAUCGCAUCGGUCAAAAUAGUGCAAUAACUAGUGAGUUUUUGCCAAAUAGUGAGCCAAUAUUUACCUCCAGUUAUUAACCAUUUAUAAAUGCACUUACAAAUGCUUAUAAGAUUAACCCUUAUGUAUCAUCAUGCAACCUUAUUUUCAAUAGUUGCACAGUUGAACAAUAGCUAUUUUCUCACUUUUGGGUGUGAUGUAUUGGUGCUCUGUCCCAGGAAGAGAAGAGGUUGGUUUUAAUGAUGU